UAAUAAACUGCAUUGCACUAAAAUGCAGUUUAUUAUUUACUCGUGGAUAAGACAAUGUUUUAAAUUAUGAAGCAAAUAGUGGGUAUAUAAACAAAAUGUUAAUAUUGUUCAUGGAUGUAAUUGAGUACAUUAACAGUAAAUUUUAAAUAAAGAAUGCAAAACGACAAUGCGUCAUAUAGUAGUAAUAUGAGUAAUAAAAUGGUUAAUGGAUUUUUAUGCCACUGUGCAGCUAGCGAUCUCCUGGAUAGCCAUGCUUUGGGCAAUGACAAGCUUGCCCUGCCCAUUAUGGAAAGAUCAACUAGAUCAAGCCUUGACGCCAAUAGUGUCGAAAUUGGUGAAAUAACAGAAUCUCCAGACACUGAAUAUAUGAGUACAUCUGCUAUUUUACAUUAUUGUAAAUCUAAGAUAUUACUUCCUUAUUUAAAACUUCUUACAAUUAUGGGAUUGAGGCCUGUAGUAGAUGUUUCAAACUCAUCAAAAUAUGCUAUUUGUUUUUCACAUUUUCACUCUGCACAGGUUGCAGUAUUUCUUUGUCUAGGAUAUAUUCUACAAUAUAUGGCAUGUUUUAGGCGAGACAGGGGUUUUUGCUACAAAUUAAUUCCUUUAGCGCUCACUUCUUCCUUAGAAUACGAUGCCUAUAAACAAGUUUGUUACGGCAAUGUAGCAUUUACAUAUAUUGGGCCCAGCGUGUUACAUUUUAUAGGAUUUCUCUAUGCAUUAUAUCUCUUCAGAAUAUCAGAUAACGAACAAUUACAAAAUCUGAUGGAAAGAGUAUUUUUGUUAUCGUCUUACGCGCCUCAAGGAACGCCAACUGCUAAACCGAAACGAUUACUACGAAUGUUAUGGUUCUUCAUAAUCCUCAGUAUUCUGUGGAUGUGUAUUUCGUUAUGCUCUGUCAAUUUAAUGAUGGCAAGAGGAACUAUCAUGUUCAGGUGGAUGGAAUCAAGUUCCAGUGAGGUGAUACUUGGAUUGAAGAUAGUACUUAUAAUUUGCACUUUUAUCCACGAUAUGGUGCAGGCCACUGUGAUUACAAGCUAUUGUCUUCAAGCUCAACUAUUGCAAGCUCAUCUCAUGUUUUUGAAAGAACGUCUUCUAAACAGGACGAUAACUCCUUUAAACUGGAUGAGGGAAAUUGCCGAAUUUCGUAAAUUACUGAAAUAUUUGAAUAAUGACUUAGCACCUGCAGUUUGUUUAUUUACAAUUGUAAACGUUUCGUGGGCUACCUCCGGUAUAAUGUGGUUGCUGAAUCUAGACAAAGUAGACACCGGAACUGAGCCCAUAGCAGGCAUUAGUGUUCUUAAUCAAUUACUUUGGAUAUCAGCUGUCAUAGUACCUUUUAUACAGGCGGCGCGGCUGUCGCAGGAGUGCGCGCGCACGCGCGGCGUGGGGCACGAGCUGUGCGCGCGGCCCUUCCUGCACCGCGACACGUCGGCGGAGGACAUCGGCGCCGUGCUGGCCUUCGCGGCGAGCCUGCGCCUGCGCGCCAAGCUGUUCCACUGCCCCGUGUCCGGCCGCCACAUGUGCGUGCUGCUGGCGCUCGCCGUCGUCGCGCUCUUCACGUUGGGAAUGUGCCAUUAUCUACAAUGAUCGCCUCCGGGAUGUGUCGUUUAAUGAAAUUCAAUUUGUUUUCUAAUAUAUGUAUUUUCACAUCUAUAUAAACGGUCGCACAUAUUUUGUCUAAGUAAGUUAAUAAUGAAGGUUUGUAAAUAUAAUUUUUUUCUACAAACUUUUGUAGAUGAUUACCGCUUAGUUAAAUUAUUAUUAAUUUUGUAAAUAAAAUAUGAAUACUCUAAUCUAACAAUACAUUGCACUAAAGAAUUUUGAUAUUGUACAUAGGUUUUAUUUUGAAAUAUAAUAAAACAAACAUUACUGUGCUACAGGGAGAACGUUGAAUAUAGGACGUUUUCAAGUAUCAUUUUGAAUUGAACACAAACAUCUGAAUUAUAUAUUAUGAGAUUAAAUAUAACAAACACAAUUUAUAAUUCGUAUUCAUUAUCUAAUUAAAUAACUUAUUCAUAAUCA